ACCUCAUUCCUCCCACUUCUCUCCACACAACCACUCACACAAUGGCUUCCGCACUUCGUCUUGGUCAAUCGGCCUUACGGUCUUCACUCACAGCUCCUGCUUUCAAUGCUAGAACCGCUGCCUUCAAUGGCAUGCGAUGCUACUCUUCCUCAAAAACCCAGACUUUGAAGGAACGAUUCGCCGAGCAAUUACCAGAGAAGAUUGAGCAGAUCAAGAAGCUCCGAAAGGACUACGGAUCCAAGGUUGUCGGCGAAGUCACUCUUGACCAAGUCUACGGUGGUGCUCGUGGAAUCAAGUCGCUGGUCUGGGAAGGUUCAGUUCUCGAUUCUGAGGAGGGUAUCCGAUUCAGAGGAAAGACAAUCCCAGAAUGCCAGGAACUCCUCCCCAAGGCACCCGGUGGAAAGGAGCCUCUGCCAGAAGGUCUUUUCUGGCUUCUUCUGACCGGUGAGGUUCCAUCCGAGCAACAAGUUCGCGAUCUGUCCGCCGACUGGGCUGCGCGCGCCGAGGUCCCAAAGUUCGUUGAGGAGCUCAUCGACCGAUGCCCAAACACCCUUCACCCAAUGGCACAAUUCUCCAUUGCAGUUAACGCUCUCGAGCACGAAUCUGCGUUCUCCAAGGCAUACGCCAAGGGAAUGAAGAAGACCGAGUACUGGGGCCACACUUUCGAGGAUUCUAUGGAUUUGAUUGCCAAGCUCCCAACCAUUGCUGCUCGCAUCUACCAGAACGUCUUCAAGGGAGGAAAGGUCGCUGCUGUCCAGAAGGAUAAGGAUUACAGUUUCAACUUCGCCAACCAGCUCGGUUUCGCAGACAACCACGACUUCGUUGAGCUGAUGAGAUUGUACCUUACCAUCCACACUGACCAUGAGGGUGGUAACGUCAGUGCCCACACUACCCACUUAGUUGGCAGUGCUCUCAGCUCUCCUAUGCUCUCCCUUGCUGCUGGUCUUAACGGUCUUGCUGGCCCACUCCACGGUCUUGCCAACCAGGAGGUCCUGAACUGGCUCACCAAAAUGAAGGCUGCCAUCGGAGAUGAUCUUAGCGACAAGGCCAUCACUGAUUACCUCUGGACUACUCUCAAGGCUGGACAGGUUGUUCCCGGAUACGGACACGCUGUUCUCCGCAAGACUGAUCCUCGCUACAUGGCUCAGCGUACAUUUGCCGAGGUAGGUUAUUGAUAAACCCCCGAGAUCCACCAGUCCCCAUCUCGAACCACUUCAUUAUGAUCCAUAUUAAUUUUUUUAAAAAGUCGCACCUUCCAUCCGAUCCCAUGUAUAAACUUGUUUCUCAAGUUUACAAGAUCGCUCCAGGCGUUUUGACUGAGCACGGAAAGACCAAGGUAAGUUUUGCGCUCACGCCUCUAUCCAAAAAGUUGACUAACGACCAUUUAGAACCCUUACCCCAACGUCGAUGCCCACUCUGGUGUCCUUCUCCAAUACUACGGCUUGACCGAGGCCAACUACUACACUGUUCUCUUCGGUGUCUCAAGAGCCAUCGGUGUUCUUCCUCAACUUAUCAUCGAUCGUGCAGUUGGUGCCCCUAUCGAGCGCCCCAAGUCUUUCUCAACCGAGAAGUGGGCCGAGAUUGUUGGAGCCAAGCUGUAAGUCAUGAUCGAGCGAAUUUGAUUUGGCGACCUGGGGUAAGAUUGUACGAAAAAUUGGAUUUAUAGACGGGACCGGGCUAAAUGCACUUCACUGUA